AUGGCAGACCCUCGAUACUCCCCUACGAUGUACACGAAAGCCAAGAUGCCUUUCGCGUGGCCCUCGAUACCGAAUCCUAUCCCUAGACGAUACCGCCGCCGGUUACGCUCCAAGUUCCGGUCUGCUCAGUCUCCCGCCUCCGCCAUCGCCUCGAUCGAAACCUCCUUCAACCCCGGCGACUCGUUAAAGGCUCUUAGAACACAUCGGUGGUCAUACUACGACGCGAAGUAUUUGCUGCUGAUCAUCAUCAGCAUCUUCUCGCUGUCGAUAAGUCAAGCGCCGGGUCCGUUGGUGAAGACAGGCGCAUCAGCUCUACUCAUGCUUGCCCUGCUGAUGCCCGUUACGAGGCAAUUCUUCCUCCCGGUGCUUCCGAUCCUGACCUGGUUACUCUUCUUCUUCAACGCGAGGUUCAUUCCCGCAGAGUACAGACCUCAUAUCUGGGUCAAGGUCUUGCCUGCUCUCGAAAACAUCUUUUACGGUGCCAAUAUCAGCAAUAUUCUUUCGGCCCACAAGUACGUGGUCCUGGAUGUAUUGGCUUGGGUACCGUACGGAUUGCUGCACUUUGCCGGACCGUUCUUCUGGGCAGCUCUUAUGUUUUUCUUCUCCGCCCCCGGAACGCUCCCUGUUUUUGCGCAAACUUUCGGAUACAUGAACAUUGCCGGCGUGGCAAUACAGCUCAUCUUCCCCUGCUCGCCUCCAUGGUACGAAAAUAUGUACGGUCUCGCACCCGCCGACUACUCGAUGCCCGGAUCACCUGCCGGAUUGGCACGAAUCGAUAAGCUCCUCGGUUUUGAUAUGUACACGUCGAACUUCACCGCAUCGCCUUUAGUCUUUGGAGCAUUUCCUUCAUUGCAUUCCGGCAAUGCAGUGUUGGAGGCCUUAUUUAUGAGCCACUGCUUCCCAAAGCUCAGGCCGCUGGUUAUCACAUAUGCCAUGUGGAUGUGGUGGGCGACCAUGUAUCUCUCGCAUCACUACGCUGUGGAUCUGGUAGGGGGUGGAUUCAUGGCCGCGAUCGCAUUCUAUGUUGCAAGAAACAACUUCUUGCCGCGAGUCCAGAUGGACAAGGCAUGGAGAUUUGACUACGAUUACGUUGAGAAGGGGGACUCCCCGAGCGGAGGCGCAUACGAGUAUGGUCUCUCGGUCCUGGACCACGACGAUUUCCGCAACGACAGUAGCGACGAGUGGACUGUAGGAUCAUCCUCUUCCGUCUCCUCUGGUUCGAGAAGCCCCGUCGAUGAGUCCCAAUGCGCAUGGGAAGGCGAAACCCUCGCAUCCCAAGCUUCGGAUACGGAGCUCAACGAUAUCAUAGUCAGAUGA